AUGAGACUUACCAUCAACAACGAAGUCACGGAUGAUUUCUUUACGUUAGAUGUCAGUUCUGAUAUGGAACUCAAAGAUCUCACAGCGCUGCUACAACUUGAUUGCGGAUUCAACAGCGGAAUCCACGAACUUUGGUUCACAAAUCGUGCUUUAAAUGCUCUGGGAUCGGAAACUUUACUACAAACAGGCCUUGUUGAAGAUGAAAUGGUAGCCAUUAGAGCCAAGAACAGAAGUGAGACUGGAAAUCGAACCACAACCGGAGGUUUUGCCACCACGCAAGACGCUUUGGUUGAACAAUUUAGACAGCAGGUGGCCCAAAACCCUGCUGUUCGAGCUCAAUUGGCACAGUCGAACCCAGAAUUCGCUACCAUAGUGGACGACCCAGUGGCUUUCCGUGAAAGGGCAGGCCCUUACGUUCUACAAGGCCUGAAUCCACAAGCAACUCAAAACCGCAAUGAAUUCGGCAUACCUCAGCAGGAAUACGACCGGCUCAUGCGAAAUCCAACUGAUCCUGCCAAUAAAGAACGUCUUGACGAGUUGAAGAGCCAACAGGAAAUUGACGAACAAAUGCGCAACGCUCUGGAGUUCACACCUGAAAUGUUCACGCCCGUGCACAUGCUUUACAUCAACCUAGAGAUCAACGGUACGCCGGUAAAAGCGUUUGUUGACUCCGGUGCUCAAACGACAAUCAUAUCGACGAAACUAGCACAGAAAACUGGACUUCACAGGCUCAUUGACAAACGGUUCCAAGGAGAAGCUCACGGGGUAGGCGUUCAAAAGAUUUUGGGGAAGAUUCAUGUUGCCCAGGUCAAAAUCGAGACCCAAUACAUCCCUUGCAGCUUUACCGUAAUCGACACACAUGUGGAUAUGCUAUUGGGACUAGAUAUGCUGAAAAGACAUCAGUCCUGUAUUGAUUUGCAGAAUGACGUUUUGAAGAUCGCGGGCGUAGAGACGAAAUUUUUGAGCGAAGCAGAAUUGCCCAAGGACUUUGAUGCCAGAGUUCUCGGUACCGCUGCAGCAGGCGAAACUAGCGUGCAGAAUCCGCAAACAAGCAGAAACGUUCCAAAAACACCUGUGGUUGCUCCCAGUGCGACCCAGUAUCCAGAAUCUGCAGUCCGACAAUUGAUGGAUCUGGGAUUCUCGAGGACAGAAGUACUUAAAGCUUUGCAACAAGCUAAUGGCAAUUCUGAUGUUGCAGCAGCUUUGCUUUUCCAGUAG